AUGACAGCAAGCGUGUAUUUCGUCUGGUUUGAGAACUGUUCGGAGGGCCCUGCCAGAAGUAGAUGUCAAUUCGUUUAUUCACAAGGUUUUGCUGAGAUUUCUGAGGUGCAGAUUUCUUCGGGGGCGACCUCAUUUCUGCCUGAGAGGUUCAAACAUAUUGGAAGGUGGUUCUCUGGCAUCGUUGACAAUACUCUGGGACAGUAUCAGUUCAACACGUUCGUGAAAAGCGUGCAAUUCAAAAUGGAAGAGUCGCAGCUGCUGUCGAGGAACCUCACCAACCUCAGCAAAAUCAGCAAAAUCAGCAAAAUCAGCAAAAUCAGCAAAAUCAGCAACAUCAGCAACAUCAUCAAGAUCAGGAACAUCAGAAAAAUCAGCAGCCUGCGCAACAGUCAGACGUUGCGCCGAUAACUGCACAUGACAUAGUGACAGUUGAGCGAGGAAUAAACCACCGUGGCCCUGCCUAUGUAAUACACCGUCAUUUUGCUGUAAUACACGCUGACCAACUUGAUCACACAGGCAUUGAAGGACUCGGGCUUGAAUGGAAUCGGGACCUUCUUCACCCUGCCCCGGUAAUAUUUAUUUAUCACCCGGAAUGUAAUGAUAUACAUGAAUGUGAAACCAAUGUUGCCCUACUUCGUACUUCUUGGAUUCUCCCGACCAGGAGAAGUCAAUAUGCAGAGCGUUAUUUCCGCAUUAAUUUUCUUCCCGCUGAAAUUGACUGGGCUGCUAAAGAAAUCGACCGUAUAAUGAGGAAUAAUAACCGUUAAAA